AUGUCUAAAAAAUCUCUUGAAGAUUGGGAAGCUCAAUUAGUUGGAAAGAAAUUCAUUCGUGGCAAUGUGUCAAUUGCAGCCGAAGAACAGAACAAGUCAUCACACCUGAUUCUAUGGUGUCCAUGGAUUUUAAGCCAGAAAGGUACAAAUUAUACUUUAAAAUGA